UGGAACAUGGCUCUCUCCAGAGGAUUGCGAUGCUGUCAGAGGGUUUUCUCUUGGAUCCCUGUUCUUAUUAUCACAGCCGUCGUGUUGUGGUCCUACUAUGCUUAUGUCUUCGAGCUAUGCCUCGUUACCAUCCCUAAUGCAUUGGAAAAAGUGGUUUAUUUACUGGUGUUUCAUGUCUGCUUUGCGAUGUUCUCCUGGACCUACUGGAAGUCCAUCUUUACUCCUCCUGCUACACCAUGUAAAAAGUUUCAGUUGUCAUACUCCGACAAGCAACGAUACGAGAUGGAGGAGAGACCAGAUGCUCAGAAACAAAUCCUUGUUGAUAUAGCAAGAAAACUUCCCAUUUUCACCCGAGCUCAAUCAGGAGCUAUCAGGUUCUGUGACCGCUGCCAGGUGCUGAAGCCUGACCGCUGUCACCACUGCUCCGUUUGUGAAACUUGUGUCUUGAAGAUGGACCAUCACUGUCCCUGGGUUAACAACUGCGUUGGUUUUUCCAACUACAAGUAUUUCCUUCUUUUUCUUGCGUUCUCCAUGCUGUACUGCGUAUUCAUUGCAGCAACAGUUUUUCAGUAUUUCCUCAAGUUUUGGGUGGGAGACUUGCCAAAUAGACCUGCUAAGUUCCACAUCCUCUUCCUCAUGUUUGUGGCGCUCAUGUUUUUUGUCAGUCUUAUGUUUCUCUUUGGCUACCACUGCUGGUUGGUUGCCAAGAACAGAUCCACUUUAGAGGCCUUUUCAGCUCCAGUUUUUGUCAGCGGACCAGACAGAAAUGGGUUUAAUGUUGGACUACGCAAAAACCUGCAGCAAGUAUUUGGAGAAGAUAAGAGACUGUGGUUCAUCCCCGUUUUUACAGGCCAAGGGAACGGCCACUACUUCCCUGUAAGGAGUCAGAGUUCUGAAUCUCACAACCCCUUGUUAGCUAAUGAGGACAUGUGGGAGGAGUCAGAUAAUGGGUCUGAAGAAGGAAGCUUGGUCGAGGAUAUCGACCCCUCCGUUACCAUAGAGAUGGAGGAAUAAUUACUACUUGUACAGAGGAUGUAAACUUUUAUCGCACAUACUGUGUAACCAUGAAGUGAAUGCAUUCCACGUGGGACGCUGGAGGCGGCGAAUCAAGAGGCUUACAGCCUGCAUUUGGAUCACGUUUGCCAAUUUUCCCCUGACGUUUGAGAUCAUGAUGAACGAAGAAACUCGAUGGAUAACCAGCAUAAACGUAACCUUUCCUUAAAGAUGAAUUAUUAGUUUUAUUAUGAAAAAUAAUUCAACCAAUACCUCAUCUAAAAAAUGCAUUUAAUGUUUUUUUUGUGAUAAUUUAUGUAGCUGAGAAAGUGGAAACAUCUCUUCAUGUU